AUGGCUCUGGUGAUGGAGCCUGUGAGCAAGUGGAGCUCCAGUCAAGUGGUGGACUGGAUGAAAGGCCUGGACGACUGCCUGCAGCAGUACAUCAAGACCUUUGAGAAGGAGAAAGUAGGAGGGGACCAGCUGCUGCGAAUCACCCACCAGGAGCUGGAGGAUCUGGGGGUGUCCCGGAUCGGCCACCAGGAGCUCGUACUGGAAGCUGUGGACUUGCUCUGUGCGCUGAAUUAUGGCCUGGAGACUGAGAAUCUGAAGACACUCUCUCAUAAGCUGAAUGCAUCUGCCAAGAACCUGCAGAACUUCAUCACAGGCAGGCGACGCAGCGGCCACUACGAUGGCCGAGCCACCCACAAGCUUCCCAAUGACUUCCUUACCUCCGUGGUGGACCUGAUCGCUGCGGCCAAAAGCCUUCUGGCGUGGCUGGACAGGUGCUCCUUCUUUUUCAGAUCUCCGUUCGCUGCCGUGGCGGAUUACUCCCUGACCAGGAACAAUGUGAUCCAGCUGUGUCUGGAGCUCACCACAAUUGUACAACAGGACUGCUCUGUGUACGAAACAGAAAACAAAAUCCUGCAUGUGUGUAAAACUCUGUCUGAAGUGUGCGACCACAUUAUCUCUCUGUCCUCGGAUCCCAUGGUGUCCCAGGCUGCACAUCUGGAGGUGGUGCAGCUACCCAACAUAAAAUCCACUGAAGGACUGGGCAUGUACAUCAAAUCAACAUACGACGGUUUGCACGUCAUCACCGGGACGACAGAAGGAUCCCUGGCUGACCGCUGUAAGAAAAUCCAUGCUGGAGAUGAAGUCAUUCAGGUUAAUCAUCAGACAGUGGUGGGAUGGCAGCUGAAGAACCUAGUGAACUCGUUGCGCGGGGACCCUGCAGGUGUGACCCUGACGCUGAAGAAACGGCCACAGAGCACGCUCACCUCCACCCCUGCUCUGCUCAAAAACAUGAGAUGGAAACCGCUGGCUCUGCAGCCAAUCUUCCCCCAGAGUCCCAGCAGCAGCGUCGCCACGCCCACCAGCACUUUAAGCACGCCAUCCAGGAGGAGUAGCUGUGCCCUGCAGGAGCUCUUCAUACCCCCGCCUCCUGCCGAGCCGUACACCCCUAGUACAGGUCUUCAGCGACAUUCAAAUGACACUCCCACUUCCCGUUAUGGCAGAGACGACAAGGGAGAUCUGGCAGGAGACGAUCCUCAAUCGGACGACCACGUCGCAGAAGGAUCUGAUUCACCAAACUCCUACCUGGACCAGGAGUGUCGCCGACGGUUUCCUCUGGUGGAGGAGGAUGCUAUACUGUACUGUUAUGAGUAUGACCAGAACCCAGAGGUGUCAUCAGUCCGCAGGGGGAGCACUCCCACCUAUGGCAGGCUCAGGCCCAUCUCAAUGCCAGUGGAAUACAACUGGGUGGGAGACAGCGAAGACCCGGCCAAGCUGAAGAGAGAGAGCCGGAGAGAAAACUCCUUGCUGCGUUUCGCGAGCGAAGAUAAAACGCAGGCCGAGGACUUCCUGCUGGGACACAGCCUGAGUCAGAACAGGAGGAAGACGGAGCGGCGAGCGAGCCCAACCCAUUACACGCUCAUCCCCGCCCUCCAGAUGGAAGUGUCCCUGUCCACGUCCAGCUCGGACUCUGCGUCCCUCUACCAUGUGUUCGAGCGAUCCUCGCUGCUGUCUAGGUCAAAGAAGAAGAGUAAAGUUGAAAGCCCCAUGUCUUCAAUCAGCAAGCGACGGAUUUCCUGCAGGGACUUGGGUCAGGGCGACUGCGAGGGCUGGCUGUGGAAAAAGAAGGAUGCUAAAACAUAUUUUUCACAGAAGUGGAAGAAGUACUGGUUCAUCCUGAAAGACACAUGCCUGUACUGGUACAUGAAUGAGGAGGAUGAGAAGGCCGAAGGCUUCGUCAGCCUCUCAGAGUUUAACAUCGACCGGGCCACUGAGUGCAGGAGGAAGUUCGCUUUCAAGGCUUGCCAUCCGAAGAUAAAAACCUUCUACUUCGCGGCGGAAAAUGUAGACGACAUGUCCCGGUGGCUGAGCCGUCUCAGUAUGGCGGUGGCAGGCUACUGCGAGCAGGAGAAAAUUCACCAGGACCAAGAUUACUGGAGUGAGAGUGAUCACGAGGACAUGGAAAUGCCCUCGAUGCCUAAACAGGACAGUCCGCCACCACCUUAUGACACCUUUCCCAGAGCAUCCUCAGUGAGUCCGUACCUGGAACCGAAACGAGGCCAUCUCUCCUCCUCUGACACGUUCCAUUCCCGCUCUUCUCAUGAAGAGUUCCACUCGGAGCCUCACGAAGGCAGCAUCAGCAACAACAGCGUCUCCUCCGGGCAGAAGACGAGCGGCCAUCGCAACUCGUGGCAUGACCAGAUGGAGAGCAGCACCAGGAUGCACUACCUCCAGACGUUCCCCGUGGAGGAGUCCCUGCUGUCUGAUGACAGGGAACACCUGGCGGUCGAGUACCGCAGGCAGUCCACCCUGCCGGCCCCACGCAGCCUGCUGCAGGAACAAUACAGAGCCCUGCCUCUGCCCCUCAGGUCCAGCAUCGAUUCGGAGGUGGGUGGAAAACCUCGAAGUUUCACGCUACCGAGGGACAGCGGGCUCCACGCCAUCCUGGCCGCCACUGCAGCUGCGUCGGAUCCCAGAGAGUCCCAGCACUACCAGCGGGACCGGGUCAGGGACACAGGCCGUGGACGGGACUGCAGGAUGCAGGCAGACUCUCUGGGGGACUUGUAUCGGGCUCUGGAGCAGACAAGUCUGUCCACCUCGGCUGAUCACAGAUCAGCCAGCCGCCUGGAGUACAAGCGCUCAUUUGUCCGCCGAGUUAAUGACCCCCUGCUAAAUGACAAGCUUCAUCGCCUCCGCAUCCUCAACAGCUCACUGAAGAAUAUCCCUCUUCAAGACACAAACCGGUCCUUGGGUUUUUUAGGGUAA